AUGACAGACAUUGAGGAAUUGCAUCUGCCAGAUGCGGAGACAAUCGCACAGCGCCUGCGACAGGAUCAACAAGCUUGUCGAGACAGAAAAGUGCCCAGCAACCUGGCAAUCCAAUUAUCAUCUGCUUCAGAUGAUUUAAUUGACAAAAUAGCCUGGCAUAUCACGCCGCACAGCAAAGUUUCAAAAGCAUUGCGGUCGUUUAGAUGCAAGAGCAUUGUGGAAGGCAUCAAGACCUACCUAGGCCAGUUGGAAUUUAUGACCAAAUCUGAGACCGAGAAACAUACUUCCAUGGAUAGUAUGCAUGUACCAACAUCAGAUGAGUUUGAAACAACUUUCAAAGUGCUAGACUAUCUUCAAAAACACAAAGUGGUUGCUCCAACAGCGCCUCUAUCUGAGGUUCUUGUUGCCUUGCAAGGCCAACUCUCAAUGGAUAACAAUACUCGAUACAGACAACAUGAACGAUUCGAGAGAUACGAUGCGCCAAAAGGCUCGGAUAUGAAGAAAAGAUGCUACAUAUGUCGAUACCGUUUCACGCCCACCGAUUCUCACGAACUAUACCCCUCACUAUGUCGUCAAUGCGGCAUGUUCAAUGUCGGCUGCUCAAAUCUCUCGCUACCGGAUAAGCUCAAUCUCAAUGGAAAAAUCGCUCUCGUUACCGGCGGAAGAAUAAACUUGGGUUACUCCACUGCAUUGAGACUCCUCCGCUGCGGAGCCAAAGUUAUCGUCUCAUCUCGGUAUCCAGCCGAUGCAGCAACCCGCUAUUCCACAGAGCCAGAUUUUGCUGAAUGGGAGAAAAGACUGAAAGUGGUCGGUGCAGACUUCAGAACUGCAUAUGAUGCUUUUCGACUGGUGCAUAUUGUCAAACAAUUACUCUUUGCUUGGGACGACGAGAGUCCAUCUGAUACUCCACGAUCCCUUGAUAUCCUGAUCAACAACGCGGCACAAACCCUCACAGAUUCAAUCAAAGCAGAAGUGAGAGCCAUCUCUAGAGAAGACAAUCUCAAAGACGAUCAACAGGCCCAAGCCUUACUCGUGGAAUCCGAGAAUGGCAAAUAUACACCCCGAGUGAGAGGAGGACAGCAAGCAACCUGGAUCCCACGCAUCACAAGUAACAACCCACAGCAUCAAAUUGAAGAUGCCAUCGACACCCCACCUACAAACCGAGUAGCCACAAAGGGCCUCCGAACAACAAAUGAUGAAGAUGAGGAGCCCUCAAGAUCAUCCUGGGUACAGUUCCUCAACCAAAUUCCCUACGCGGAUCUGAUCAGCGCCCACUCUGUCAACGCAUUCGUGCCUCUAAUCCUCUGUCGUGAACUCCUCCCAGUGAUGGGAAUUCUACCCCCCAAAACGUCAAGCUGCUCCAGGCCCAUACCAGCGGGAUAUAUAAUAAACGUCUCUUCCCGCGAAGGGAUACUAGAAGAUACAACCAUAUCACAAAGCAAAGCCGGACACCACGUUCACACAAACAUGUCCAAAGCUGCGAUCAACAUGAUCACAGAGACAGAAGCACAGGCUGCAUGGAAGGAACGGCGUGUUGCUAUGAAUUCUGUCGAUCCGGGUUACAUGAGUGCUGCACCAGAGUGUGUGCCUGCCGAUGGAUGUCCGAUUGGGUUUGAGGAUGGUGCUGGGCGGGUUUUGUGGCCUGUUGCUGCUGGUGAGAUUGAAGGGGAGGUUGCUUGGGGACGGUUUUUGAAACAUUUUCGGGUUGGGGCUGCUAUUACUCGGAGGGGAUAG